CACGUCGCAAUUGGCCGAGACUGUCUGCUCUCUUUUUUUUGUUGUUGUUACUUUAGGUGUAUAUACAUGCACCGCGUGCCCAUGUGUGUCACUGUGUGUGCAUGAGUGAGGAUGAAGAGUCUUUCACAGAUUGCCCAUGCUGCACUGGGAAUGUCAGGAAAAGGAUUAUAAUCGCACUUUUUGGGAGGUUUUUCUGAGGUUGAUGUGGUGAAAUUUGGAUCAUAGAGCAGCUGCAUGAUGACAGAAGUGGCGUGUCCACCUUUAAUUAUGGACUCUGACAUGAUGUCACAACCGGAGUCAGACCAGGUGCCUGCAGCUGAACCCAAGUCGGCACCUCUGGACCUGAUUGACACAGGGAAGGGUCUGAAGGUCCAAACCGCCAAACCUCAUCUGGUCAGUCUGGGAAGUGGGAGGCUGAGUGUGGCGAUCACCUUGCUGCCACUGAAGGAAGGGGUUACCCGGAUAGGACGGGAAGAUGCCCCCAUUCCUCAAGACAUCACCAUCGAGGGGCCUGGAAUCGAGGCGGAACACUGCCUUAUCUUCAAUGAAGGAGGGGUAGUGACUCUGGACCCCUGUGGUCACCUCUGUAGCCUGGAUGGAGUGCAGGUCACUGUGCCCACACCACUCACACAGGGUUAUUCUUUGUGUCUCGGUAAGUCCUACUUCUUCCGGUUCAACCAUCCUGAGGAGGCGAGCAGAAUGAAGAGCAUGCUUCCACAAAAGAGCCCAGUGUCCGCCCUAGCCUAUAAUACAGAUUACCUGAAGUUUAGCAGCGAUUAUAGCCAUGCUGUGGUGGGCGGGACCAGCAGCAUGCGAGGCAUGCGCUCAGCCUCCGAGCUCCGGGAUCUGAUGGACACCCUGCAGCGCAAGAAAGCUGCUCUGGAAAACAGCCUGAGAGCCAAUGGGAAUGCCAACCCAUCCUACUUCAGCGUGACACAGUCUCCACCCACCACACCCAUCACUUCACAUUCCUCCUCCUCAUCAGCCUGUCAGGAACAGGCGAGACGUUUCUAUCGUGCGGAUCGUCCCCCAAUGUCAUUAAAAUCUGCUCCCCCUCCUUCCCCAUCCCGGCGUUCUGACUCUUCUUCUCUGGUCCCACGUAAUUCUCGGAACCAGGACAACCUGGGCGGCAGUGAUAGUCGGCGUCUCCAUAACACAGGCUCCUCUCCGUUGUUGUCAACAUGGAGUAGCAGGGGCUCGUCCACCUCUGUAAACGGUGGUGAUAACCAACUCCUUUCUCUUCCUCCUUCAUCUUCCUCAACCCGCUCCCCAUCCGCCGGGGGUGCCGUAAGCAUGCCUUCAAGCCCCCGCCUUGGACGCAGGAGCUUCGGCAACCAAGAGGCGUCGACCAGCAGUCGAACGAGGAAAUACUCUUCCGGUUCUCUAAAUGGGAUGAUGGGAGGAGGGCACAGCCGCUCCCUGCCUCGCCUCUGCCCUUCUCCGUCCCCCCGAGACAACAACGGCGUCCUGACUUUAUCGACUCUGCCGCCGCAUCGCUCCGAUGCUUACAAACUUAGCAAAGACCACUACAACAACAACAGCAGCUUUAACACCAGUCUUGACCUGAACCACAACUCCAGUAACUCCAACAUGUUGUCUUCAAAUAGGAAUCAAAUCCAAACUACAGCUAAAGGAGAAGGUGUCGUGUCCAUUUCCCUCUCCUCACUUAAGCUGUCCCCUUGCACUGGUACCACCUCCCCCGCAGCAUCCACACCUGAUGUUACCAUCCCAUCCAAGGCCGGGGGGUCCUCGUCCCCUCGCAUGGCCAAGAAGCUCAGCCUCACUUCCACAAGCACAGUGGGCUCCGUCAGGUCCGCAAGCCCCCCUGAAAUGGAGCUGUCUUUGGGGGAAAGGGAGAAACCUGGGGUGGGCCUGGAGCCUACUAGCACCCAAGGCUUUGGAUGCAGCGAGAGGAGGGCUUCAUUCGGAACAGCAGGAGUGACCCCACCGAGCGGGUUUAGGGAGAGACGGGGUAGUAUCAGCUCACUCAGCGGCAAGGAGGAACUGACAGAUUACCACCAUCGUCAGAAAGAGGAACGUCUCCGUGAGCAGGAGGUGGAGAGACUUGAACGACAGCGUCUCGAGACCAUCCUGUCCUUGUGCUCAGAGCUGGACCGGGAUGGAGGCGGCUCGGUUACAAAUCCGGCCUCCACGGUGGCGGACCUCCAAAAGAUCAACCAGGAGCUUCAGAAGCUCCAGCUGAAUGACGACGACGAUGACACGCCCUCUGUCUUCUCUGACUCCUCCGUCGUUAAUGGCUCCACGGGGAACGGACUCGUGAUGGAAAAUGGAUACUACGACAGGGACCUAUUGGUACGACACAGGCGCAGCAGUGGUACCCGGGACAACAGGGCAGAAUCGCCUGCUGUCAGUCUGCGGAGCUACGCCCUGUCACCCUCACCACAGAGGUUAAACGAGCAGACACACGACGAUGCUGUUCGCCGCCUCACACAGGAUGCCAGGCCCUCCGAAGAGGAAAUGAGGCGCGUGGAGGAGGAGAGGAUCCAGGUCCUCAACAACAUGGAGGAGCUGGAGCAAAAGAUUAAAGAGCUGGACAACCAGAUGGAGGAAUCUUCCCGAGAGGUGGAGGUCGAGCGAGCGCUGGUGGAGGCGGAGCAGGAGUCGGAGUUAGCUGCCCUGCAGCAGGAAAAAGACGCCCUGGAGGCACUUCACAGCAAAAUAGCCGACAUGGAGACCAAAUCUCAGCAGGAAAGAGAAAAGGCGUGUGAGUUGCUCCAGGCAGAAAAGGGCAGAGUAGAGAGGUUGGCUCAGAUUGUGUGUGAGCAGCGCUCCCAGCUGGACAGCUGCCCCGAGGCCACCAAGGAGCCCCUGCAGGAGCAGCUAGCCAGGGACUUUGAGGCACUCGAGACGGAGACAAAGCGCUUUGAGGACCUGGAGUUCCAGCAGCUGGAGAGAGAGAGUAGGCAGGACGAGGAGAAGGAGACGCAGAUGCAGCAGCUUCUCCGAGAGAUCGCCGACUACCAGCGGAGCACUGUGACCCGCAAGGAGCGACUGUUGACCCUGAAGAAGCAGGCGGAACAGAUUACCCAGCAGGCUGAGCGAGAGAAAGAAAGCUUCCUGAAGGAGAGGAGCACCCUGGAAGCGAUGCUGCAAAGGGAGAAAGAAAACCUUGCACCUCUUGACCGAAAAUAUGCUGACCUCACUGGUGGCCAAAGUUACACCUUAAGGGAGCAUUUCCGGCUGCUGGAGGAGAGGAAGCGAUCGGACAGAGAUGGCUCGUCCCAUCUCAGUGACACGUUACCCAGAAAGAAAACAACACCCAUCAUGACACCCCAGUUCUCAUGUGCAACACUCGGGCGUAGUUUCCCUACUAAGCCGCAUCCACCACUGGUACAGAGCACAAGCUGUGGCAGCAUUCUUCCCAGAAUUCUCUCCUUAUCCAACAAGGAAACAGAAUGCCGACGUCUGCAAAAAGGUCAGCCGAGCUCCCGAGCGUCGUCCCAGACCAACGUCUACCUCGAUGCCUUCGGAUACCGCGACAACCAGGCGUUUGACACGAUGAGCGUGGAUAGCACGGACUCCAUUGAGACCAGCAUCUCUGCGUGCUCUCCUGACAACAUCUCCAGUGCGAGUACUUCGAACGUGGCCAAGCUAGAGGAGAUGGAGCGUUUGCUGAGAGAAGCCCAAGCAGAAAAGAACCGACUCCUUGAACAUAAGGAGAGGGAGGUGGAAAUGCGCAAGCUGGCGCUGGAGGAGGAGAAGAAGAGACGGGAGGAGCUGGAGAAAAUGCUCCAGGAGGAGACCAGCAGGCGUCAGAAACUCAUCGACCGCGAGGUGAAACUACGAGAGAAACAGCGGGUGCAGUCCCGCCCACUUACACGGUACCUACCAGUGCGGAAGGAUGAUUUUGACCUGCGGUCUCACAUCGAGUCGGCGGGCCACAGCGCAGACACGUGCUUCCACUUGUCCAUCUCCGAGAAGACGUGCAGGGGCUACCUGGUCAAGAUGGGGGGCAAAAUCAAAACCUGGAAGAAGCGCUGGUUCGUCUUUGACCGCAAUCGACGUACACUGUCCUACUACUCAGACAAGCAUGAGGCCAAGCUGAAAGGAGUGAUCUACUUCCAAGCCAUAGAAGAAGUGUACUAUGACCACCUGAAGAAUGCACAUAAGAGCCCCAACCCUUCCCUCACCUUCAGCGUCAAAACUCACGACAGGGUCUACUACAUGGUGGCCCCCUCCCCUGAGGCCAUGAGGAUCUGGAUGGAUGUGAUAGUUACAGGCGCUGAAGGAUACACGCAGUUCAUGUUGUAGCCGAGGGUGAUUUCUCCCUGUUCCACGUUUCAUGUUGUUUUUAGUAACGGAGUAUCUGCCACGUGGACAAAUAGCCCUAAUUUACCAGCUAUAAUACACACUUCAUGUUGCAAGGCCGUAGAGGUUUUACUACCACACGUGUAGUCGAUCACACACUACCUCAGUUUUCACGUGGCAGUAAAAUACUGAAAUAUUGACUGCAUGGGGAAUCCUUCGUGUGAACACACGAGGACUACCGCAACAUUUUCUUUUCCACCGGUAUCCUCAGGUCUUAACAAUAUGCAUCCGUGCGUGUGAAUUUAUCCACACAUGCGCUCCAAAGUGCCUCUUUUGUAUGCUAUUCACUGUGAGCUGCGAGCUCCAAGGUGCUUCCACACGUGCACGGUGUUCCACACAGUGUCCGCAGAAAUGAAGCUCACCCACACUUUUGCUAUUAGUUAUUUUUUUAUAAGUUAUUUUUAAUAGUUGCAGUCAACGUGGAUCACAUCGGUGCCUUUUUAAACUCUCAUCUAUGUGAGACAGUAUUUUUUAUAUGCAUAUAUUUUACGUAACUGUUUGUUGCCAUGUACUCUAUGCAGUAUUGCCUGUGCUGAGAAGACAGUGGCUUAUGAAAGAUCACUCAAAAAGCCAAACAGAAAAAAAAAUGGUACAUGUAUAAUAUAAUAUCAGAAGUGGCUUCUAUGCUGCUGAUAAUUGUGCUUUUUUUGUUUUAUUCCCACUAAUUUAAUGUUUUUUUUUGUACACUAUAACAGCUUUACCGAUCAAAAUGGAAUAGUCUUGCUUGGAAUCCUUUGUAAUAUCUGUGCAUUCACUUUUCUCAUGGCGUUCUUGACCAAAGUUUAUGUAUAUAGCAUGUGUGUGAGGUCGUUAAUGCUUACGAGUGGAAACAUCAGUUCUGACACCACGUUCCAAGCACAUGUCAAAGUUCCUUGUCAUUGUAUGUAACUGCAUUAUUGCCAAUAUCGUUGCAUGUAUGUUAAUUUUUUAUAUCCCGAUUCAAGUAAUAAACAUAUCUAUUGUU